GUAUUAUGUCAUGUUUUGUGUGGACGCCAGGAAGAGUAGCUGCUUCUUUCACAACAGCUAAUGGGGAUCCUAAAAAAAAAACAAUUGCAAGUACCAAAGUAGCUCAAUUGCUUCUCUAAAGGGAUGCUUCUCUAAAGGGAUGCUUCUCUAAAGGGGUAAUUGUUUUAGUGUUGGAAAAGGGCAAGGGGUGUGUUUUUGAUAAGAUGGUGGUUGAUGUGGUAGGGAGUUUAGUGUUGGAAAAGGGGAAGGGGUGUGUUUUUGAUAAGAUGGUGGUUGAUGUGGUAGUGAGUUUAGUGUUGGAAAAGGGGAAGGGGUGUGUUUUUGAUAAGAUGGUGGUUGAUGUGGUAGUGAGUUUAGUGUUGGAAAAGGGGAAGGGGUGUGUUUUUGAUAAGAUGGUGGUUGAUGUGGUAGGGAGUUUAGUGUUGGAAAAGGGGAAGGGGUGUGUUUUUGAUAAGAUGGUGGUUGAUGUGGUAGGGAGUUUAGUGUUGGAAAAGGGGAAGGGGUGUGUUUUUGAUAAGAUGGUGGUUGAUGUGGUAGUGAGUUUAGUGUUGGAAAAGGGGAAGGGGUGUGUUUUUGAUAAGAUGGUGGUUGAUGUGGUAGUGAGUUUAGUGUUGGAAAAGGGGAAGGGGUGUGUUUUUGAUAAGAUGGUGGUUGAUGUGGUAGGGAGUUUAGUGUUGGAAAAGGGGAAGGGGUGUGUUUUUGAUAAGAUGGUAGUUGAUGUGGUAGUGAGUUUAGUGUUGGAAAAGGGGAAGGGGUGUGUUUUUGAUAAGAUGGUGGUUGAUGUGGUAGGGAGUUUAGUGUUGGAAAAGGGGAAGGGGUGUGUUUUUGAUAAGAUGGUGGUUGAUGUGGUAGUGAGUUUAGUGUUGGAAAAGGGGAAGGGGUGUGUUUUUGAUAAGAUGGUGGUUGAUGUGGUAGUGAGUUUAGUGUUGGAAAAGGGGAAGGGGUGUGUUUUUGAUAAGAUGGUGGUUGAUGUGGUAGGGAGUUUAGUGUUGGAAAAGGGGAAGGGGUGUGUUUUUGAUAAGAUGGUGGUUGAUGUGGUAGGGAGUUUAGUGUUGGAAAAGGGGAAGGGGUGUGUUUUUGAUAAGAUGGUGGUUGAUGUGGUAGGGAGUUUAGUGUUGGAAAAGGGGAAGGGGUGUGUUUUUGAUAAGAUGGUGGUUGAUGUGGUAGUGAGUUUAGUGUUGGAAAAGGGGAAGGGGUGUGUUUUUGAUAAGAUGGUGGUUGAUGUGGUAGGGAGUUUAGUGUUGGAAAAGGGGAAGGGGUGUGUUUUUGAUAAGAUGGUGGUUGAUGUGGUAGUGAGUUUAGUGUUGGAAAAGGGGAAGGGGUGUGUUUUUGAUUAGAUGGUUGUUGAUGUGGUAGGGAGUUUAGUGUUGGAAAAGGGGAAGGGGUGUGUUUUUGAUAAGAUGGUGGUUGAUGUGGUAGGGAGUUUAGUGUUGGAAAAGGGGAAGGGGUGUGUUUUUGAUAAGAUGGUGGUUGAUGUGGUAGUGAGUUUAGUGUUGGAAAAGGGGAAGGGGUGUGUUUUUGAUAAGAUGGUGGUUGAUGUGGUAGUGAGUUUAGUGUUGGAAAAGGGGAAGGGGUGUGUUUUUGAUAAGAUGGUGGUUGAUGUGGUAGGGAGUUUAGUGUUGGAAAAGGGGAAGGGGUGUGUUUUUGAUAAGAUGGUAGUUGAUGUGGUAGUGAGUUUAGUGUUGGAAAAGGGGAAGGGGUGUGUUUUUGAUAAGAUGGUGGUUGAUGUGGUAGGGAGUUUAGUGUUGGAAAAGGGGAAGGGGUGUGUUUUUGAUAAGAUGGUGGUUGAUGUGGUAGUGAGUUUAGUGUUGGAAAAGGGGAAGGGGUGUGUUUUUGAUAAGAUGGUGGUUGAUGUUAUAGGGAGUUUAGUGUUGGAAAAGGGGUGUGUUUUUGAUAAGAUGGUGGUUGAUGUGGUAGGGAGUUUAGUGUUGGAAAAGGGGAAGGGGUGUGUUUUUGAUAAGAUGGUGGUUGAUGUGGUAGGGAGUUUAGUGUUGGAAAAGGGGAAGGGGUGUGUUUUUGAUAAGAUGGUGAUUGAUGUGGUAGGGAGUUUAGUGUUGGAAAAGGGGAAGGGGUGUGUUUUUGAUAAGAUGGUGGUUGAUGUGGUAGUGAGUUUAGUGUUGGAAAAGGGGAAGGGGUGUGUUUUUGAUAAGAUGGUGGUUGAUGUGGUAGUGAGUUUAGUGUUGGAAAAGGGGAAGGGGUGUGUUUUUGAUAAGAUGGUGGUUGAUGUGGUAGGGAGUUUAGUGUUGGAAAAGGGGAAGGGGUGUGUUUUUGAUAAGAUGGUGGUUGAUGUGGUAGGGAGUUUAGUGUUGGAAAAGGGGAAGGGGUGUGUUUUUGAUAAGAUGGUGGUUGAUGUGGUAGGGAGUUUAGUGUUGGAAAAGGGGAAGGGGUGUGUUUUUGAUAAGAUGGUGGUUGAUGUGGUAGGGAGUUUAGUGUUGGAAAAGGGGAAGGGGUGUGUUUUUGAUAAGAUGGUGGUUGAUGUGGUAGGGAGUUUAGUGUUGGAAAAGGGGAAGGGGUGUGUUUUUGAUAAGAUGGUGGUUGAUGUGGUAGGGAGUUUAGUGUUGGAAAAGGGGAAGGGGUGUGUUUUUGAUAAGAUGGUGGUUGAUGUGGUAGUGAGUUUAGUGUUGGAAAAGGGGAAGGGGUGUGUUUUUGAUAAGAUGGUGGUUGAUGUGGUAGGGAGUUUAGUGUUGGAAAAGGGGAAGGGGUGUGUUUUUGAUAAGAUGGUGGUUGAUGUGGUAGUGAGUUUAGUGUUGGAAAAGGGGAAGGGGUGUGUUUUUGAUAAGAUGGUGGUUGAUGUGGUAGGGAGUUUAGUGUUGGAAAAGGGGAAGGGGUGUGUUUUUGAUAAGAUGGUGGUUGAUGUGGUAGUGAGUUUAGUGUUGGAAAAGGGGAAGGGGUGUGUUUUUGAUAAGAUGGUGGUUGAUGUGGUAGGGAGUUUAGUGUUGGAAAAGGGGAAGGGGUGUGUUUUUGAUAAGAUGGUGGUUGAUGUGGUAGUGAGUUUAGUGUUGGAAAAGGGGAAGGGGUGUGUUUUUGAUAAGAUGGUGGUUGAUGUGGUAGGGAGUUUAGUGUUGGAAAAGGGGAAGGGGUGUGUUUUUGAUAAGAUGGUGGUUGAUGUGGUAGUGAGUUUAGUGUUGGAAAAGGGGAAGGGGUGUGUUUUUGAUAAGAUGGUGGUUGAUGUGGUAGGGAGUUUAGUGUUGGAAAAGGGGAAGGGGUGUGUUUUUGAUAAGAUGGUGGUUGAUGUGGUAGGGAGUUUAGUAUUGAGAGCUGUUCUUCC